GUUCGCGAUUAUUGGAUGAAGCAGGAUCGCAGCUGGACAGAUGCUACAGAAGAUUGGGCAUAUUGCGUGCCCCUGCGAAUCUACGGGGAUGGUGCUGAAUUUACAAGACUCCUGCCAGCACUUAUUCAAAUCAUAUGCAUGAUUGCUCCGCUUGGGGCGGCCACCACAAUGAAGAGCAGGUUUAUGUUGAGCUGCAUUAACAUGAUGUAUCACAAAGAUGAUAGUCGCCAAAAGAUUCUUCGAGUCAUCCAGUGGUCGUUUGAGGCCUUGGGACGCUUGUGA